AAUUCAAUUAAUAUUAUUUCGGAUGGUUAUCAAUGGAGAAAGUAUGGUCAAAAGAAUGUUAAAGGAAGUUCACAUCCAAGACAUUAUUAUAAAUGUACAUAUCCUGGUUGUAAUGUAAGAAAACAAGUUGAGAGAGUAUCAAAUGGUUCCAAUACAAACAAUAUUGUAUAUAAAGGUGAACAUUGUCACGGGUUUCCC